AUGGCAAUCGGCGUAUUCAAUCAUCAUCUUAAAACUAUAGCUGGCGCCACUUCGAAGAGUCCCGAGGACGCCGCUAAGAAGCUUUUGGGAGUUUUGCAGAAAUGGUUUGAUACUCUGGAAGUACCCUCGGAUUGGGAGGCGCUCUAUGUACGGCCACCUAUGAUGAUUGACGAGUGCAGCGUAGUGAACGUUGAAGAAGAACGGCUCGCUUCAUUCCGCCGGAAGUCUUAG